AUGACGCGCUAUAGGAGAUCCCUGACUGCACCAUCACUGUACCCUGACGGUACCCCUAAAGUUCCCAGAUCGAGCACACUCUGUACCCACUACACCCCUGACUGCACCAUCACUUUCCCAGAUCAUAGACACUCUGUACCCCCUAGAUCCCUGACUGCACCAUCACUGUACCCUGACGGUACCCCUAAAGUUCCCAGAUCGAGCACACUCUGUACCCACUACAUCCCUGACUGCACCAUCACUUUCCCAGAUCGAGCACACUCUGUACCCCCUAGAACCCUGACUGCACCAUCACUGUACCCUGACGGUACCCCUAAAGUUCCCAGAUCGAGCACACUCUGUACCCCUAGAUCCCUGACUGCACCAUCACUGUACCCUGACGGUACCCCAAAGUUCCCAGAUCGAGCACACUCUUUCCCAGAUCGAGCACACUCUGUACCCCCUAGAACCCUGACUGCACCAUCACUGUACCCUGACGGUACCCCUAAAGUUCCCAGAUCGAGCACACUCUGUACCCCUAGAUCCCUGACUGCACCAUCACUGUACCCUGACGGUACCCCAAAGUUCCCAGAUCGAGCACACUCUGUACCCCUAGAUCCCUGA